AUGAAGUGGAGCAGAUCUGUUUCUUCGCUUCCGCCUCUUUCUGGAGGAGCUCAGCAAUUUGGGAAAUCGAUCAACGAAGUGCGGCUUUUUUCUAUAGCGCCAAACACAGUGACGCCGCUAAAGCAGCUGAAGAGCCAGAUGUCUGAUAUCGAAAGUCAGCUGUCUCGGUACCUACAGGACCGAUGCCUCGACGGCAAGUCGACGUUUCGUCGGCUUUCUGAAACGCUGGCAAUCAUUUCUGCUUUCCUGCUGCUCGUCCCUUUUUUUACAUUCCUCAUCUGCACUGUGCUGCCAAUGGCAUCACCGAAAGAGGGGUUUUGGAGCAACUGGAGCUUCAAUUUCUUGGCUCAUCCACUUCUCAACUAUGUCAUUGCAAGAGGGCAGAUUGAGAUGAUCGCUCGCGCGUUCACCAUCCAGGAGAGGACCAGGAUCCGGUGGUUCGUCCGCCUCGUACCUUUGGCCGACCCACCUCUGUGCUUGCUGGCUCACUUGAUCCUGUCAUUUGCGGGCGUCUAUCCCAUUCCAGUGGCCCCGGUUCUCUCUUGCAUCCCGGCAUGCUUGGGCACUACGGCCAUUUUCCUGCGGAUGCUGCCGAAGGACCUGGUGACGCCCGAGACCCUGCAGUUCGUCAAGUUCAUCUGCCUGAAUUGGAUAUUCUGGAUGGGGGAGUUUGUCGCCCUGAUCCUUUGGGUAGCCAAGUUUCCCAGCAUGCCUGAGCAUUGGCAGGCCUUGAGCACAGGUGGAAUGUCCAUCCUGGUCGCUUUGACGGGAUCGCUGACACAGAGGUUGGCAGAUCGCAUGGGCUGUCCAAGGUACGUGACCAACGAGGUGAAGCUUGCGGCUUUCUUUUUGAGCCUCUUGACCUCCGCGAGCCUCAUGUCUGCUGCCAAGAGUAUCAGAGUGGUGCUGGUGAUCGCCGCGCUGGACGCAGGGAAGGCCUUGGCCGUCACUGCCAAGCUGAUUUGGGAGCUGGUCAAGGCACUGGAAGAAGAAGAUGGUCUCUAUGGUUGUGGAGGCGAGCUGGAUCCCGAGGAUAUCGGGAUUUCAGAGACAACGAAGGAAGAGGUGCCAAAGCGAUGCUGGAUGAUCUUCGCUGCUAAGGAGGUCCUGACUCGGAAGAUCCAGAUCACGAGACAG